GCACAGCGCAAACCGAACACUUCACUCCUGUUUCUCUCCUCCCCUCGCACACCGAAGCGUUUUCUUCCGCUCCUCCCCACCGCCGCGGGCGACAUGGCGAGCAGAGACCGGUGCUAGGGUUUGCGCCGCCGCCGCCGCCGUCGCCCCCACCACCCCCCUCUCCGUCGACCCCAGCCACUCCCGAGCCCUCCCUCCGUCGGACCGCAUCUCAGCCCCAGCCCUCCUCCGCGGGAGCCCAGGUCGCGGCCCAAGCUCGCCCCGACGCCCAGUCGCGUCCGAGCUUCGCCUCGAGGUACUCAAAGGUCCUAAGAUGGCGGAUGAGGAACAUGCUCAAACCUCUCGGAAGAGGGUUGCAGAUAAACAAAUCAACAAGGACAAUCCUGAGCUUGAUGAUGACUCAUCGGAGCAAGAGGGAGGAACAUUUAAGAAAGCUAGUGAGGAAGUGAUGGCAACCCGAAAAAUUGUAAAGGUUCGGCGCCAGCAGCCGUCGUCAGCUCCUUCUUCUAAUCCUUUCUCUGCAAUUAAGUUUACCACAAGUGAUUCCAGUGUUCAAGCAAGUAUUCCUGUCUCAAAACCUCCACCUUCUGAUGUCACAACGUCAAAUGUAAGGGGCUCAAUUGAGAAAGCUGAUGAGGCCAGCAAUGGAAGUGGGAAAGAUGCUGACAAGAAUGCAGAUUCUAAUGAGGUAGCAGAGAUUCAAAAGGAUGAAUUGGGCCUGAAUGAGUCAAAUGCAGAAAACAAGUCGAAUGCGCCAAUGGAAGCACACUCUUCACUUACUGAAACUGAUAACAAGGCAGGCAGCACAGAGGGUGGAACUGGUGAGGACAAAGUGCUGGUUGGAGAACCCAAGGUAGAUAACAGCAAGACAUCUGGAAUCGAGGGUAAAACAGAAGAUGAAGGUGCUAAAGUGAAUGAAGGUGGAGAUGAAGAUAAAAGCAGCAAGGACGGCGCUGAGAAGAAAGAUGAAUCUGAAUCAGGGACCAAGGAUGAAGUGAAUGCAGGUGGAGAUGAAGAUAAAAGCAGCAAGGACGGUGCUGAGAAGAAAGAUGAACCUGAAUCAGGGACCAAGGAUGUAUCACCAACACCUCUGUUCUCUUUUAUGAAUGUGUCAAGUGGCCAUAACGCCUUCACAGGACUGGCUGGAACUGGGUUUUCAGCCUCAUCAUUUUCCUUUGGCUCAGCUUCUAAAGAGAGCACAAAUGCUCCCCUAUUUGGGCUAAAGAGCGAUGGUUCAUCCUUCCCUUCUUUCAAUAUCGGUGGUACAAACAACAACGGGAGUUCUGUUCCAUCGCUUGUUGCUGCAGCAGAAGCACCAAAGAAAUUCACCAUGCCAGAGGGCCCAGUGGAGACAGGCGAAGAGAACGAGAUGGCCGUGUUCACCGCAGACUCCGCAAUGUACGAGUACCUCGAUGGGGGCUGGAAAGAAAGAGGAAAAGGGGAGCUAAAGCUGAACGUCCCCGUGUCUGGCGGCGAGAGGUCCCGGCUCGUUAUGAGGGCCAAGGGUAACUACCGGCUGGUCCUGAACGCGAGCCUGUACGACGACAUGGCGCUGAAGGACAUGGAGAAGAAGGGCGUGACGUUCGCCUGCGUCAACAGCACCGGGGACUCGCCGAGCGGGCUCACCACAUUCGCCCUCAAAUUCAAGGACACUGGCAUCAGGGAUGAUUUCAAAGCCGCGGUGGAGGCGCACAAGGCGAAGAAGGCCUCGGACGCGAUCCCCAAGACGCCCGAGUGCUCCCCCAAGGUGUCUGAUGACUGAAAGAGACCGCCCUGGUUGCGUGUUUCGAUGAUGCUUAUGUGGUGUAUUCUGUAUCCCCAUGUCGUGAUGCCUUAAGAUACAUUUUGCAUGCACGUGGUCUCUUGAACAUUUAAUUUGUUGAGUCACAAUUUUAGCUUAACUGGAGAGACGAGGGAGACUAUUAAUUAUGGGCAUCGAUCUGAGCUAUAAUCAGUAAUGUCUGGAAAUGAGUCAUUCGUCAGUGGCGUAUGCCUUGAACUCUGUAUUGCAGCAGCUUUCUUGCCUGCCAACUGCCUGUUCAUCUCCUCACAUAUCCCUUUUGUAGAGGAUGAUGGUUUUUAUAUCAUUGUGGUUUCACCUUUGCA